UCGCCAAACUCAAAAAAGAGAGCACUCCCUGAGUCACCCACCGACGAGCCAAGCAGCAAGAAGCCUAAAGAUUCUUCACCACCUGAUCCAUCCAGCAAUGGCGACUCGCCAGCGCCGCGCCCCCCCUGCACUCCUAAUCAUCCUGAGACCAAGGUCAAUAGAGAGACAUGGCAGGGCUUUUGCGAAAUCGAGUCCGAGCCAGCCUAUUUUUCUGUCAUUCUCCGCGAGAUGGGCGUCGAGAGUGUCACGGUUCGUGAAGUCUUCGCCAUGGAUCCUACAAUCUUGGAGAUGCUCCCGCAACCCAUCUACGGCCUAAUUCUGCUCUUCAACUACCGCGAAUUUGGAAAUGCGAAUCAGGCCACCGAGUGUCCCGCUCAUGUGUGGUUCGCCAAUCAACUGCCAGCUCAGAACAGCUGUGCGACGCUCGCUAUGAUCAACAUCCUCAUGAACAACGCUGACGUGGGUAUUGGCGAGCAUCUUAAUCAGUUCAAAGACUUCACCCGCGAUUUGACGCCUUUUCAACGCGGUGAGGCUCUUGCUAGCUUCGACUUCGUGAAGAAGAUCCAUAAUUCCUUCGCCAAGGAAAUGGACAUUCUGGAGAGCGACAAAUUUCUCUCGUACAAGGUCAAAAGGGCAGAACGACUGAAGAACGAAAAGCAGAAGAAGACUACGAAGAAAGGAUCGAAGAGCCGACGCGCCUCCGCCGACUCUGUAGCGACGGACGAUAGUGCUGAAGGGUAUACAGAGAACGCUCAUCACUUUAUCGCUUUUGUGCCUGUAGGCAACGAGGUCUGGAAGAUUGACGGCCUCGAUGCGCAACCAACUAGCCUGGGUACCUUUGAUGUCACCAAGGGGGAGACAUGGCUUUCGGCUGCUUCCGAUACGAUCGCCGUCUUGAUGGCUGCUGGAGACGAUGACUACGGCGUCAUUGCUUUGACACAGUCCCCUCUGCUUUCACUACGUAAAAAGGCCUGUCUCACUAUCAACACCAUGCAGCAUCUCGAGACGCGCCUAAACGCAGUCGACAAAGAAUGGAAAUCUUUCGUACUCGCCGACCAAGAACCACCAAGCCCCAGGAUGCUCGGUGUUGAAGAGCAACUACCAGAGCACCCAGUGCCGGAUGCUGUCGCGGCGAAGAUUGACGGAGAGCUACUGCCGGAUCUGCUUGAUCGCCGCACCCGUUUAGUCGAGGAGUUGAGUAAGCUAGCGGCUAGCAUCCUAACGGAAAUACAAUUAGAAGCAGAAGAAGAUCAGAAGGCUACUCAGCGACGGUACGACUGCGGGCCAGUCAUCAAGAGGUGGCUGGAGAUGUUGGCGGAGAAUGGGCACCUCGCGGAGAAUCUUGAUCGCUUUAUGCCGGCUACAAAGAAAGGCAAGAAGUAA